GCUCCAAGCAAAGUAUCUGUGGGAGGUGGUCGGAACAUAGCUUUCAUCCGAACGUAGCUGGUGCUAAACUCCAACUUUAUGGAGGGGUUUGAACCGAAAAAGUAGUUUUCACCAAGAAAUGUAUCGCUGUUUUUGACACAGUGUGGUGAACCAAAUGGGUCAUUGCAGUGCCCACGUCCUUCUGUUCAUGCUGCUGAAGAUCGUGCAGACAUCAGCCGAAGAUGGUGUCAUGGAGUGCGCGUGUGAGGGCAGCAACUGCAUGGCAGAGCUGUGCCGCGGGGACCAGUGCUACACGUCCGUGACGCUGGGCGGGCCGGUGCCCACCUUCACCCGUGGCUGCCUGCGAGGCCUUGACAAGCCCCGCAUGACCUGCCAGACGGCGGCCAACUAUGUGGUGGAGUGCUGUGCCCUGCCCAUGUGUAACGCCAACACCAGCAGCGAGGCGCUUCUCGGUCAACUCUCCACAGCCCCUGAUGCCGAGCCGGUGCGCUACUGUGUGGAGACGCUGGUGCUGCUGGUGCUGGGCCCGGUGGUGGUGUUGGCGCUGCUCUCGCUGCUGUCGGUGCUGGUGUGCCGCCGGCUGCACCGUGGCCGUCUGGAGAGGCUGCGCGAGUACGACCCCGAGCAGGGCGCCAUCGACGGGCUCAUCGCCUCCAACGUGGGAGACAGCACGCUGGCGGAUCUGCUGGACCACUCGUGCACGUCAGGCAGUGGCUCGGGCCUGCCUUUCCUGGUGCAGAGGACGGUGGCGCGGCAGAUCAGCCUGGUGGAGUGUGUGGGUAAAGGGCGCUACGGAGAGGUAUGGCGGGGCCAGUGGCAGGGCGAGAAUGUGGCGGUAAAGAUCUUCUCCUCACGCGAUGAGAAGUCCUGGUUCCGCGAGACCGAGAUCUACAACACAGUCCUGCUGCGUCACGAGAACAUCUUGGGUUUCAUGGCGUCGGACAUGACCUCGCGGAACUCCAGCACACAGCUGUGGCUGAUCACGCACUACCACGAGCACGGCUCGCUGUACGACUACCUGGGCCGAGUCGCUGUGGAGAUGGCCGACGGGCUGAACAUGGCGGCAUCGGUGGCCAGCGGCCUGGUGCACCUGCACACCGAGAUCUUCGGCACCGAGGGCAAGCCGGCUAUUGCCCACCGCGACCUCAAGAGCAAGAACAUCCUGGUCAGGAAGGACCUACGUUGCUGCAUCGCCGACCUGGGUCUGGCGGUCACUCACUCUCAGUCAGACAAUCAGCUGGACGUGGGCAACAACCCUAAGGUGGGCACAAAGCGCUACAUGGCCCCCGAGGUGCUGGACGAGUCCAUCCAGACGGACUGCUUCGAUGCCUACAAGAGAGUGGACAUCUGGGCCUUUGGGCUGGUGCUGUGGGAGAUCGCCCGACGCACCAUCAGCAACGGUAUUGUGGAGGAGUACAAGCCUCCCUUCUAUGACCUGGUCCCUAAUGACCCCAGCUUCGACGACAUGCGGAAGGUGGUGUGUGUGGAGCAGCAGAGGCCCUUCAUCCCCAACCGCUGGUUCUCUGACCCGACGCUGUCUGCGCUGGUGAAGCUGAUGAAGGAGUGCUGGUAUCAGAACCCGUCGGCCCGCCUCACUGCCCUGCGCAUCAAAAAGACUCUGGACAAAAUCCACAGCACGCUGGAGAAGGGCAAGGCCGACUGCUGAGCCCACGUUGAGUUGAGCGGACCUGAGUGGAGCGGUGCGGAGCAGGAGGGUCGUCGGGGCCCCGCCAUCACACUGCUGUGCCCCCUUUCCCCACCCAUCACCAGUGGCAGAACAGACCCCCAUCCCCCCUCACACUGCACCACACUGCACACAGGAUCACGCAGCAUCAACUCAACCACCAGGAGAUCCAAGUUACAUUUCUCACAGGCUCCCCACAGACGAGCACUGGCGUUUCUGAAACACUGAUGCGCCAUGCAGGAGCCCACUGAACACCUAGCCGCCGUGGCUUCACGCCGCCUAGAGCAACUGAGAACUUUUGUGUUGUUGUUGUUUGUCUCUGAUUCCUAUUCUAAUUUCUUUGUGUCGUUGAGCUGGAGUUGUUUCGGAUGUUUUGUUCCUCCAUCUCCAUCCCCAGUUAUUCCCCCACGUUGCUCGGCUGCUGAGGUGGAACGGCCUCCACCCUCAGAGGCAGAGUCUGCCGGGAGAGUCUGAGGAGAGUUGUUGCCUUCAGAGACUCGCCAGAGGACACCUGCCCUCACUGGAAAACCAUGCUGUGCAUUCACACCGAUACAAGCCCGCCCCACCACCCAACCCCCCUUAAAAAGGACUUUAAAUGACUCAGCACUUUUUAACUCUACCAAAUAACAAGAUCAUCACAAUCACUGUUGAGCCUAGCCUUGAGAGGCCAUCUAAAGUAAAGAUGAUUGUGGUUCUUCACCAUGUACAACUUUUUUCCCUCUCCCGUACGACGCCCCCACCCCCCACCCUUACAUGCCCCAACACUGACUGAUGGAACUGAUGAAAGGCCCUGUGUCUUAAAGAGACAUGUUGGACUGGUUUAGUGUGGCAACUGACAUUGACCCGCCACCAUUUUGGCUCUAGCUGUGCAUUACUUUCACCACUGAGUGCAAAAGAAGCUGACUUGAGCAGAGAGGGCUCUUCACUUUUCUCCUGAUGACAAUCAAGUGCUGCUCAAUCAGACUUUUUGAUAUUGUAUUACUCUUAUGACAAAUCAUAUAGUUAUUGUAUUAUUAUUACUAAUUAAGUGUCUAGUGGGGCCUUUUGGACAAGUGAAAACACUGAACAUCACCACCUAGAGAACAACACUCAAAGGAACACGGAACAUCACCACCCAGAGAACAUCAAAGGAACACUGAGCAUAGGAAGAGCAUAUUUAUGUAUUCUGCUUUUUUUAAAAGUGUUAUAGUUGCUGAGUGGGAUUUAUGCGGAAGGAGAAUCCCACUGGUAGUAUUGCAGGGACAUGAUGAACAGCUUCUGUUUUGGCUAGUUUUUGUUGUUGUGCAAAUAGGUCUUUAAAAGAUGAUUAAUUCUAGUGCAGGAGUAGGAAAACCACUACAACCUUUGAACUGUGAAUGCAAAGUUACCCGAGUAGCAAUGCCUAGGGAAAUACUAGCAAGAUCUAUGUUAAGCAAGAAGAAAAAACACAUUUGCCCUGAGGCACAUAACUUGCAUGUGUUUGCAUUUUUAAUUUUUUUUUUAAAUAUGAAACACACCGGUGAAAUACUGACACACAUGCAUAGUUUCAAGAUGGUUUUAUAUAGGAAUUGGCCUGAUCCAGUGAGCCCCUGAACAUGUCCAAAUGAGAGUUGUUCGAUCAUGCAGUGUGCCCGAUCGAAAUGUGUAGUGCGAGUUACCAUGUCGUACGUGGCUGUGAAAAAAUCGUGCAGCGGCUGCCGGCUUAAGGGAGUAAGAGAGUGAGUUGAGCCCUGCCCAGCCCAGCCCAGCCCAGGAUAGCCCCUCUCUUAACCCUGUCUCUUCGCUAUGGACCUUUCGGCUGUAGAACAAGGCCACUGGGCCUAGCUUUAGCCAUACCACUCCACAGGAGGUCUGCAGCUAGCCCAUUAGUGACCAGCCAUGAUCACACCAAUAAUCAGCUCGGACAGAUCAGCUCCUGGCAUGAGGGCGUGUGGCUUUAACCUCACAAUCACCACCACUCAUGGAGUUACCCAUGGUCCCCAUCUGUAAUGGAGACUGACUACUGGGCUAAUGUCUGGCUAAUGGACAUGUGGACAGUGGGCCUGGAUGUCCAAGUCACAGAUUAGGAAACGGCUAAGGCUCUGGUGCCGCCUGCUGGUGUCACAGGAAUAGUGAAUAGACGGACUAGUGCUUCAGAACGCUUUAAAACAAUAUUCAUUUGAAAGGGAUGUCAUUCUGUCAGAGAUUUAGAAUGUACAGUUUUUUUUUUUUAACUAAUAGUUUACUAAGCCACACGUAAACAUUUAUAUACAUGGUUUAAAACUGGAGUGUUUGUCAAAACAAAUGUUCUAUCUUGUUUUAAUGCCAUAACAUUUUCCACCCACCAGUAACUACAGUAAAGUAAUGAUUUUUAUUACCCAAAUGGAUUUCAACACACCACAUAAAUAACCGAACUUGCUGGACAGAAAAAAGACCACAUUUGCAAGAAAUCAUAUGAGGUAUCUGAUGCUGGGUUAUGUGAAACACAAACUGUAUGUUGCCUUUCUACAAAACAAACAAUAAAUAUGUAGGACACUUAA